GCGAUGAAGAAAAAACUGUUCACGCAGUCUGUGACAGGCAGUGAUAACGCGCUGACCAGCUGGAUGAUUGGACGAGUGAAGCAGCUGAACGCACAAGUGGAUGCCGAUGUUUUUGCUGCUUUCAUCGAGGGAGUUGACAAUCCCAAUGAAGUGGAAGAUUAUAUUAUUGGCUAUCUGGGCGAGAGCCGUUCCGUGAAAGAACUCAUACGAGAGUUCUUGGAGAGGCGUUCGCAGGCACGUCAGAAAAAAGGACCUGUUGACAAGGAUGUGAGUUGA